AUGGCUACAGCCAAUGCAUCAUCAUCUUCUUCCUCUGCUGGACCGGCGGUGGAUUCGCCAUCGCUAGACGCGAGAUUGCCCUCUGCGCAGGACGACGACGACGACUCGGGCCUGCUCGACUUCAAUGCCAAGCUCGAUGAUCUCUCCAUCGAGGACAGCCCCCUCUCAGCCCCCGGAAAGGUCAAUGGCGGCGGCGACGUGGUGCGCGGAGCAGUCAAGGCUAAGAAAGUGUCGAGGCCCAGCUGGGGCCCGCCGCUACCAGGAGAUGGCGAGGCCGGCAAGGGCAAAAUGAGAUUGUUGGACGGACUCGAGGACUCGUCGGCAGCUACCAGCACAUCAGCAGACGAUCGGUCGGGGUCGCUAAAUGCAAAGAAGGAGAAGUCACUCGGCGGGAUAAUGGCCGGUGGCAAGGCGGGGUCAAAACCUCGGUUCAGCUUGUUUGCAAAGCCCUCGUAUCUUGACGUUGACGCAGGUGGGGGUGGGGGAACGCGAAGACGGGGCGAUGAAGAGGAGGAGGAAGGUGGAGAUGAUGAGGGCGACGAGAGCAUUCGGCUGGGCAAGGGGAGAGACGAUGACUUCUUCAAGACUCAAGCUCGGCAGCAGCAGACGUCAGGGAGCCGAGGAGAGGAUGCGACGGAGCCGACGCCGGCAGGCCGGGGCGAAACAAAGGAGCAGGUACAGAACCAGCUCCGGGAGCUCAAGAUGAUGAACGAAGUCUUUGAAGCCUAUGAGGCGGCAUUACGGGGAGGCGCAAAUCAGAUUGAUGACUUUUCGGAAAAGAUUGCCAACACCAAUUCCCUUCUCGACGUGUACAUCGAUCUGCUUCGUCACACCAACCGCACCCAGGCGCUUCUCCUCGAUGGCGAUUGGAAGGGAGCCAGCGAAGAUGCAAGCGCGCACGCGCUGGCUAUGGAGCUUGCCGAGCGCGAGAAGCGGCGCCGAGAGGAAGAGGCCCAGGAAGCUGCACAGCAAGCGGCGCUGCGUGUGCAGCUCGAGGAGGAAGCCAGACGCGCGGCAGAGGCGGCUGAGAAGCGAAAGAAGACGGCCUUGGGAACGGGGCGGAUGACGAGAGGCACGGCACCGGUGACGAGGGGAAGAACCACGACUCUAGGUGGCUCUUCGUCGAGGGGCGCGUCCACCUCUGACGUAACCAGAGGUGCUGCUCCGUCGGCCGCUACAAGAGGAAGACCUACUACGACGACAAAGACGUCAACAACAACGGGCACAGGGGCGACGAGCAGUGCCCGAGGCCGGCCCUCAAAGAAGCAGUGA